UCAAGCUUUUUGUUUAAAUAAAAGAAAAUCUUUACAAUGUAUUUUCCGAGAAACCAUUUCCGCACUCUACUGUCUGAAGCACAUUCUGGUUAAUCUUUUAUUAUGAUGUUUUCAGCCUGUCACAUCCAAGCAUACUUGAAUAAUAUUCGGAACAAUGAAGGUACCGUAAGGAUAACUCACCCAAGGAUACGCCUAUUCAAUUUUUACUUUGGCUACAUGAAGGAUAUUAGUGGGGCUGUAUGGAAAGUUAAAUUGUACCAAAAAUUAUAACAUACAUCUGGUUCAACAGCUAGAAAUAAAGAUCAGAAUGAAGAAAAUUUUACUUCUAGUGCUACUAAUUUUAGUGACCUGCCUAUAUAUCUUCAACCUUUGGCAGACAUUUGACACGGAUACACAUGUGGAGGUACCGAAACCAUUGCAAUAUAUCCAAGCAAAGGGCAACGGGAAUCGAAUACAAGAGAGAAGAAAAUCAUUGCACGAAAACUGUCGCAGACAUACAAGAUAUUAUAAGAAUGAUACUCGCCAUCAAGAAAGAAUAUAUAAGAGGGUGAUCGUUAAUGAACAAUUCAAAUUUCUCUUCUGUCCCGUUGCAAAGACUGGCAGUACAUUUUUUAGAACAAUGUUUAAGAUACUCUACUAUAAUUUAACGGAGAAAAAUCCAUUUAAAAUGCUUAAACAUUCAGUCUGGGAAGAGCCCUUCCCAACGUUACUUGACUAUAACAAAGUUGAACGAGCUAAAAUACUGAGAACAUACACAAAAGUCCUUUUCGUCAGGGACCCAUUUAAAAGACUUUAUUCUGCGUACCAAAGUAAAUUUCGAGCUAUAAAUGUAGUCAAUACAGGUAAAUUAACGAAAGCAAUUAUGAAGGAUGUUCGACAAAACCCCAACAAAAAAUCGCUGGCCUGUGGCCUUGAUUUAAAAUUUGAAGAAUUUCUAAGUUACGUAAUAGCUUCUGAAAAGGAUGAUGUAGAAAACAUGAACAAUCAUUGGAUACCAACAGACGUCGUAUGUGAUCCGUGUAUGAUCGAUUAUAACAUUAUAGGGAAAAUGGAGACAGUUUAUGACGACAUGCAGCACUUUUUGCGUACCAUAGGUGCAGUAAAUAAGAUAGAGUUUCAAAAGCCCGAAUCGUCAAGUUUAGAGAAUCACAAAACUCUGCUUAAACUCGGAAUUCGUUAUUCCUUUAUUCAAUUGCCUAAGCUGAUAAAGAAAAAGUGCAUAUCAGAAAAGGAAUUCGGUAUGAAGAUUGUUCAGAACUUUGUAAGCCAUGGCUACAUAGAACCUUUAGAUAGCGUCAAGCUUGAUGAGUUGUCAAAAAUACCAUAUGGGCUAAACGCUAAAGAAGAACUGGAAAGACUGAUUUUGAACUAUGUGGAUAAAAGUAAUAAAACUCGCUUAUUGGCCCUCCCGGCAGAAGCUCAAAAAGCUGCAUUUGCCAGUCUGCCAACAGAUAUACUAUUACGACUUAAAAUGGCCUUCUUAAACGACCUGAAAUUGUUUAAUUAUGAUAACAAUUAAGAGAUGUGGAUUUUGUAAAGAUCUUGACCUUUACCACUAUAACUUUAAUGGUUGUCAUAAAUCACUUUAAAGCUUUUCCAAAGUUACACUGAUUUGCCAAAUAUCAUGGUUCAACUCUCAGAUGGGGAAAAAUUACAGUCAUUUUAAAAUUUAGUAUUUUCCAAAAAAUAAGUUCAAUUUUACGCCACAUUACUAGUCAAUGUGGCCUCCCUUGUCCAUGUUAACAGCAGCAAUUCUUUUCAGAUAUGACCUUAAAAGCCCUUCAAAUAGGGGUGUGGAAUUUUGUAAGUCUCUUAAAACCAUUUAAGGCACUUUAGAAGAGUUUCCUUGGAGUAUCUACGCUCACCAUUCUCUUUUUCCAACUCAAUAUCCAUCGAACCCAAAAGGAAUUGCUGCUGUAAAUAUGGCUUGUAAGGUCAGUUAGUACAUGUAGCAGAUAUAUGUAGGCCCAGAGAAUAAGUAUAGUAAGAUUGAAAACUGCAUCAUUGUUAUUCAAGGUAGUGUCUUGCUUGUGUAAGGAAAGAUGCACAUGUACUUUUAACUAGAUAUUUGAAGAUAGGUUGCAGAGUGAUCUGUUGUUAUUAUUUGUAAGGCAUCCACAGGUAGAGUGUUUGCAUAUAUAUAAGGUCAAGUUGGUGCAUUGUUAAUAAGAUUGACAACUGUUUUUGGAUUUAUUACAGUAUCUUUAAAUUUGAAACAACAUGUCUGAUACAAUUCUGUAGACCUUAUUGUAAAUAUUCAUCAUUGUACAUAUUUCAUAUCAUUUUAGUUUUAUAAUACAGUUACAUAACAUAUAUAAUCAAAUCAUAUUAUUUUGUACUAUCAUUUAUGGAGUAGGAUAAUUUGAUAAUCAGUAAGGUUAGAAUUCAUAACAACCAACACACUACCUAGUCUAGGCCAUCAAUACGCUACCAUAGUAUCUUAAACACCUUGUACUUUAAUAUUACAUCACGGCUAGGAGAGUGUCACCCCCGGUUGUUACACCAACUUCACCAAAACCUUUCACUGAUUCAAGAAACCAGCAUUUUUACAUUUUACAUCGAUGGUGCAAAUGCCAUGUCGUCAAGCACCCAAUCACCCUAGUUCCCUUUUAAUCUCUUAUAGUGUAUGAGGUAAGACACUUUGAUUUGUUUUUACAAUUUGAGAAACUUUUUCUAUGGAUGUAGACCAGUUGCAGGGUGACGUAGUGAAGUCUUUCCUGCAUGCACCACAAACAGCAGGGCGACCAUACAUGUUCAUUCCAAGUGACAUUUACGGCAUUCAAUCAUGCAUCAGAAAAGUCCCUUUUAAAGAUUUUAAAUUUAAAGAGAGACUUUUUAUUCAAAAUCUUUUAACGGUAUCUCUACUCGAUUGUACGUUAUCAUGUGAAAGAUAUAAGAAAAUUAAGAUAUUUCUGACUUAUAUAAGUCUGACGAAGCCAAAUCAUAAAAAUCAUCUGCACUGUGAAUAUGAAAUUUUCUUUUGGUCUGCGGAGAGCAUCAUCGAUGUCCCGAUUUCAUCACAAGGACAUUUUCAUGGCCACGUUCUUAUUGUUAUGCUUUGCUUCAUUCGAGCUGAGUUAGGUCGCCAGAACGAAUUUUUUUGUCAGACUCGAUACUUUUUCAUCGGUUUCUGAUAUCACCACAAAACUCUCAGCAUAAACUCAAUUCUUUCCUGUGAUUUUCAGUUUUUCUUUGAAGUUCUGGAAGUUUCGGUGCAAUGGGUUACCCCGUCUUUGUUUUAGAGAAAGAGAUUAUUGAAAGAAUUAAUCUCGCUUUGUUGGCUCCAUUCUCGAAGGACUUGUUACAUUAUAUUAUUACUAAGAACCCCUGGCACUACAUAACUGCAAAAUUUGGUGUAUGUAGGUUGAAAAAAUUAAAAGUUGUAGUGUCUUGAAAAAAGUGGCGUUUUUUGGCCCACCCUGUAUUAAUAUAUAUAUUUUUUUUUCAAUUACAAAAGGACGAUUUAAGGUCGUGUAUAUAUAUGUUUUCGAAUAAAUAAACCAUAAAAAGUAAACCAAAAACAUUUUUCUUAUGUAGAUAGCGUAGAAUCCAUCAAACAUUGAUGCAUUUAUGAG